AUGAAAGCCAUCAGCCCCAUCCGAUCUGUCCGAAGCUGUUACGAGGCGGUGUGCUGUUUGUCUGAUCAGAGUUUGGCGAUCUCACGGAGCAAGAACCCUUUGGAGGAGUCUAUCAGCUUGAUGUACGACAUGAACGACUGCUACUGUAAACUGAAGGAGCUGGUCCCCAGCAUUCCCCAAAACAAGAAAGUUAGCAAAAUGGAAAUCCUCCAGCACGUUAUCGAUUAUAUUUUUGAUUUACAGAUUGCAUUGGAAGGUCAACAACAAGAUCCCGGCAACAAUCCUGCAUCAAGCGGCUCUCUCCUGACACUGCAGGUAAUCCCAACUCUUCCCCACUCGUUUACAGGUGAUGACAGUUUCUUUUUUUGA